AUGCGGUUGUUUACCCUUUUCAAUUCCCUCACCUUGGUGACUCUAAGCGUCAGAGGAACGAUCGCUAUCCCAAUUGGUCCCUCGAACGGCGAUAUAACCCACAAUGCCGCCAAUAAGGGGUCUGAUAUUGCUGCUCAAAUCGCCAGAAGGGCAGAGAUCAAGGUCGGCCGUCCAGGUCGCGUCGAGGCGCGGAGCAAAACAACGGCCAAGAAGCCACCCCGAGCCCAGAACUGGAGCAAGAUGAACGCCAAUUCAAAUGUCCGAGGCACCCACCUGGGCUGUUCCGAAUGCACCUCCACGGCCGACUGCGCCAGGUGCACAGAGACCCUCCAGGAAAAGUCGACAGACUACAGGGAGCUGUACAAACAACAGAGCGAGCUCCGCGCCCAGGCCGACGCGCUCAAGGCCCAGCACGACGCCGCACUGAAGGAAAGGUUCUCGGUUCUGUCGAGGCGCGAUUGGCCCAAGCCAGCACGAGGCCCCGCUCAAGUGUUGGAAACGUUGUAG